UAUAACUAAUUUGCAUGAUCAUCAAAUACAGAUACGUUGCGAUCUAGAACUUGAUCAAAGAGUUUUCAGUACGCCUACAACAUUUUAAGUAGCUGCUAUACGGGUUGAAGAUAAUGAAAAUGCUAAUGUUAGUGCUCGUGAUAUCACUAUGUACGGUCAUUCUAAUGAUUCACAUAGAGUGCAUUACUAUUAUGGAUAUUAUGAUCCGUUACUCGUCCCAUAUGGGGAAUCUGGUUGGCAUCAAGGCAUUGAUAGACACAGAAAUGCAUACUUUCAACCUCAACAUAUGUCGACAUCUGACAUUUUUCCUAACACAACUACAUCUGCAACUGAAUUUAUCGAAAAAGAGAAUGAAGUGCCCAGUCAAGGGAAGAAACGUACUCAGGUCUCUUGUCGAGAAUAUUAUUCGUAUAAGUUACAAAUAAGGACUUCUGGUAAGUCUGUGAUGCUUCACGAUGAUAGAUUAUUUCAGCAGUAUGUUGUAGAUAUAUAUGUUAAGAUUGAAACUGCCAGGUUGGAUUAUUUUCUCAAUAAUCAAAAACAAAUUCAUGCUGAACUUUACGAAGUUAUACUUCUGAAUUUGAAAUUCUCAAAACAUAUCAUUUUAGUUUUAUAUAUGUAUGGAUCUGUUGAUUUGUUCUAA